CUGGUAGCACCAGUAAGUACGUCCGGGUUGUAUCGUACGUACAUCCUCUUUCGGUGCCAGAUUUUUACCCUGAUUCAUCUCUCCCCAAAAAAAAUUCUCGCACGGAGCCUUUGAGAGUCUUCUCCAAACUAAAACCGUGAAACUGUGAAGCUGUUACUGCAGAGCCAUGCGGGUGACCGUGUUGUUCGCCGUCACCGUGCUGUCUCUGUGCCCGGCAACAGGCAGCGGAGUGGAGAAGAAGAAGCUGCAGAUCGGCAUCAAGAAGAGAGUAGACAACUGCUCCAUCAAGUCCCGUAAAGGAGACGUGCUGAACAUGCACUACACCGGCAAGCUGGAGGACGGAACCGAGUUCGACAGCAGCAUCCCCCGAGACAGGCCCUUCACCUUCACCCUGGGAACCGGCCAGGUGAUCAAGGGCUGGGACCAGGGCCUGCUGGGCAUGUGCGAGGGCGAGAAGAGGAAGCUGGUGAUCCCCGCGGAGCUCGGCUACGGAGACCGAGGAGCACCGCCGAAGAUCCCCGGAGGAGCCACGCUCAUCUUCGAGGUGGAGCUGCUCAGCAUCGAGAGGAAGAACGAGCUUUGAUGAAGAGGAGGAUGGCAACACUCAAAACGUUCCAGGAGCUGCUGCGGCAUUACGUGGAGAUCACCUGACCUCUGUUGAAGACUACAUGGAAACUCUUGGAGAAGAGUUGGCAACAUCCGUCAGAGCCACUGUCCUCCUUUCACUGGCUUUGCUUAUUGUGCUCUGAUGUAUUGGUCUGAAGUUAUUUUAUGAUACAAGAAGUGAUGUAUGUCUUUGCUAAACUGUAGUAGAACUGACGGUGAGCAGCUAAACCCAGUAUUUGGUCGCAGGUUGAUAAUAAAGUAAUGCCCUGCCGUUUCUCAUCUUUGUUUUGAAAUGUCUGUGAUUUAUAAGCGAGUUCAUUCAUAUUUGUUUAUUCUUUUAACAAGAUAAUUUAGGUUGUUAAUUUAGUUAGAAGUCAGGCAGGGGACAGAUUAGGAUAAAUGUUUUAGUUCACUUUAAAUAUUUGAAUUAUGAUAAUAAAAUGAUAAACUUAAGGGAAA